AUGACAAACUCCAUAAUGAGCUUGAAGCUUUUGGUCAACAAAAAAGAUCGCAAAAUCGUGUUUGCUGAAGCAAACAAAGACUUCAUUGACUUCCUCUUUUACAUGCUCACAUUACCUAUCGGCGCAAUCAUGAAGCUUCUUGCAAAUGAGACCUUAUUAGGUAGCCUAGGAGACCUUUAUCAAAGCAUCGACAACCUAAACGACAUGUAUAUCUUACAAAACAAGACCAAAGACACUGUUUUAAACCCAAAACUAUCUACUCAUGUUCCUCAUCUGCAAGAUCUCCUCUUAUUACCAAUAGAUCCUCCGACCACUAUGGAAAGAAAGUUUUAUAGAUGUUCCGCCUCUAACCACCGUUGCAGACAUGUCACUGAUGAGCCAAAGACCGUGUGCCCUAAUUGUCGGUAUCCCAUGUCGGAGGAGGUGGCUUAUGUUGGUCCAGAUACAUAUAAGGUGGCCACAAUAGUGUCGGCCGGAGAAGUUGGUUUUGUGAAAGCGGUGGUCACUUAUAUGGUUAUGGAUGAUCUAUCCGUGAAACCUAUGUCCACCAUUUCCACCAUAACUUUGCUCAAUAGAUUGAGUAUCAAAGAUGUUUGUGUUCUUGAAGAAAAGGAAGUCCAUUUUGGAAUUGCAGAGGGUUUAAAGCUACUAAAAGCCUCGCUAGAAUGCAAGAAUGUAUUAACUCGUGUAUUCCUUGACUCUGAAGACCAUGUCGAAAUUGUUUAA